AUGAUCCCAGGCACCGUGGAAGAAAAGGAAGUGUCUACUGCUGCAAUUUUGAGUACUCCCCAGAGUCCUCAGAGUCCCUUUUCUUCCUCCACUUCAUACACCAAAGUAGAAGUAGAAUCCAGCAGCCAAGAAGUUGAGGAUAGUGAAUCUCCCCUUAGAGAUGUGCUAGACAAGAAAGUGGGUGAGUUAGUACAGUUUGUCCUCUUCAAGUAUAAAUCCAAGGAGCUCACCACAAAGGCAGAAAUACUAAAAAUUAUCAUCAAGGAAUAUAAAGACCACUUUCCUAUGAUUAUGAGGCAAGUUUGUAAGUUCAUGGAGCUAGUCUUUGGCAUUGCUGUGACAGAAGUGGACCCUAACAACCACAUUUAUAUCAUAUAUGACACACUAGACCUCACCUAUCAUGGAAUGCUAAAUGAUGACCAGGGCAUGCCUAAGACUGGUCUCCUGAUACUUAUCCUGAGUACCAUCUUUAUGGAGGGCAGCUGCACCACUGAGGAGAAAAUCUGGGAGGUACUGAAGGCAAUUGAGGUGUAUGCUGGAAAGGAGCAUUUCAUCUAUGGGGAUACUAGGAAGCUCAUUACCAAAGAGUGGGUGCAAAAAAAAUAUUUGGAAUACCAUCAGGUGCCCAAUAGUGAUCCUGUAUGCUAUGAGUUCAAGUGGGGUUCAAGAGCCCAUACUGAAACCAAUAAGAAAAAAAUUGGAGUUUUUGACCAAGCUAAAAGAUACCAUCCCUGGUUCAUUUCCAACCUGGUACAAAGAGGCUCUGAGAGUUGUGGGAGAGCCUAG